AUGGCAUGUUUAGUCAACUCAUCUGCAUUUGCCUUCUCUAGCAGUAGCUUUCCUUACCCAACCCCCACUACACUCCCCAUCAAGAAUAUGCCCUCUAAGCAAGAUGCAUUAAGAUUUCCUCCUGCGUGGAAGCACCGGGUUACGACCCGACAGACUUUUUCCUCCGACAAGCUUUCGCCCAUAAAGUCAAUGCAAGUCCAUGAGGCAUUACCUGAAGGUCUCAAACCAGAACUUAUGCCUAAACACGUUGCUAUUAUUUUGGACGGUAACCGGAGAUGGGCCAAGGAGAAAGGGUUAUCAGCGGAACUUGGUCAUCUGUCCGGUGGACGUGUAAUAAUGAAUAUAGCAUUUCUCUGUAAUAAAUGGGGAGUCGAUGUUCUUUCGAUAUUUGCAUUUUCAACGGAAAAUUGGACUCGACCCAAGGAGGAGGUUGACUUUCUCAUGGGCCUAUUUGAAGAGGUAGUACAGACUUAUAUGGACGAAGUUACGAGAUACAAUGUGAAGAUAUCAGCAAUUGGAGACAAAUCAAAACUUCCAGAGCCAUUACAGGAACUGGUGGCCACAGCAGAGGAGAAAACAAGAGGCAACACUGGACUCCAUCUUCUGGUAGCUUUAAACUACAGUGGACGCUACGACAUAAUGCAAGCCACUAAAAGCAUUGCAGGCAAAGUUAAAGAUGGCAUAUUCCAAGUUGAAGAUAUAAAUGAAAUCCUAUUUGAGAAGGAAUUGAAAACAAACUGCGCUGAAUAUCCUAACCCAGAUUUGCUUAUACGAACAAGUGGUGAGCAAAGAAUCAGCAAUUUCUACUUGUGGCAAUUGGCCUAUACUGAAAUCUUCUUUUUGAAGAAAAAAUUUCCUGACUUUAAUGAAGAAGAUUUAAUAGAGGCCUUGAGUUCAUUUCAGAAAAGAGAGAGACGCUAUGGUGGAAACAAUACCUAA